UCCAUUACUCAAGACGCUUGCCGGAGUUUGUUGAGUAUUCUUUAGGUGAUGUUUUUGUUCAAGGGUUAUCGCUUGAUUUCUUCUCAUGCGUGGACUUUUUAUGAUAUCUGUUGAAUCAUGGCUAGGCCCAUAACGGCGGAUUUAAGAAGAGAAAGUAUAGAUAUCCUCAGCGUCGGUGGCCAGUUCGCAGGAAAGCUCUCAGCAAGUAAUUCUUGUGACGGAGAAACUGUACCGUUGAGAAGAAUUGGCUUGCAACCAGAUCAAGAUUCGAAGAAGGAUGGAGAAUUCACCGUACAGAAUGGACGAAGAACGAAAGAUGAUAAACGAUCGGGAUAUGGCACUGGAAAGACGUGGGGAUUUCGCUCAGAUGAAUAUCGAAGAAUACAAAACUACUGUUACCGAUUUCUCGAGAUGCCAAGAGGAAUCGGCGAAAUUCUGUACCAUGCUCUUUUAUUUUUCCUCGUAAUUGCAAGCCUAGUUUUAACUGUGUUGAGCACAGUAGAAACUACAGAUAAAAACUAUGAACAAAUUUUACAAACACCGAUAUUAGCAGUGGAGGUUAUUUUAAUAGUAAUAUUUGUGAUAGAAUACAUCGUACGACUGUGGGCAGCGGGCUGUCGCAGUGCAUAUGUAGGACUAAAAGGGAGAUUGUGGUUUGCUGUAAAGCUCUAUUCCAUUAUAGAUAUGAUAGUUAUUAUUUCUUCAAUUGUUGCUGUGUCAUUGGCUAGUAAUGUUUCAACCUCUCCAAUUAGGUUGUUGAGAUUUCUUCCUUUACUUAGAGUUUUGAGAUUUGACAGGCAGGGUGGUACAUGGAAACUCCUUGGUUCUGUGAUCUAUGUCCAUCGUCAGGAACUUCUUACAACAUUUUACCUUGGUUUUAUCAGUUUGAUAUGUGCAUCCUUUGUACUUUACAUGGUUGAAAAAGACUCAAAUAGUGAAUUUGAAAGCUGGCCUAGUUCCUUUUGGUGGGGAAUUGUCACUCUUACUACAGUUGGGUAUGGUGACGCUGUGCCUGUCACAUGGUAUGGCAAGUGUUGUGCUGCCUUGUUUGCUCUUUGUGGAAUCUCGUUUUUUGCGCUGCCUGCGGGCAUUUUAGGAUCUGGCUUUGCUUUAAAAGUCACUCAACAACAGCGCCAGAAACACUUUCACAGGAGAAGAAGGCCUGCAGCAAUUCUCCUCCAGUCAUACUGGCGCUUGUUCUGUGCUGAUCUUGACUCGAAGUCGGUAGCAACAUGGCUACCAUCCAUCUACUAUAAUCGUCAACAACACCUGUUGAAAACUGUCAUGGAGAAAACAGGGACCACAGGUACGGCAAUGGAAGAUGACAGUCCUCAGCUGUCAGAUACACAGCGUAAAAGGAAACGUUCAAUGUGGUCAAAGCAGAAGGGUUUGAGACGGGAAUCAUAUGAUGUGCGAAGCAGUAGAUCUGAGUCCCUUUUGACAGGCAUUUUUGACAGAAAGACUAGCACCGCAAGCACAUUAGAUCAUGAUUAUUAUUUUGAUGAAAACGCACUGUUAGCUUUACAGCAAGACGGGGAGAGACCUUGCAUUGCGUUGACUAAUGCUCAAAAACUGGCCAUUCGUCUCAUUCGUAUCUUAAAGCUCAGGGUAGCGAUUAGAAAAUUCAAGGAAGCAAGAAGACCUUACGAUGUUAAGGAUGUGAUAGAGCAAUACUCAGCAGGGCAUGUAGAGAUGUUAGCAAGAGUGAAGAAUCUACAGGCCAAGAUGGACAAAGUUUUUAACAACACGAUCGAGGGAGGAGACCACGCAAGCUCGGGGAAACAAGGAAUAAGCCACAGACUCACCCGGGUGGAACAUCAGGUGACCGUGAUUGACUCGAAACUGGAAUUAGUGCUGCAGAUGUUACAGAAUAUUCAGAACACACGAGGCUCUCCUUCAGGAGGUAGCCACUCGUACGACUUGCAUUUUCGCGGUAACGGCGACGGCGUAUCUUCCAGGCGUUCAUCCGUGUCACGCGCGCACUCAGAUCCGUUAGACGUCAGGACGCAAAUAAGCUCAGAAGCGCACGGCGUGACUACUCACGUGGUGCGCAACUCAGACAUUCCUUGCGUGACUCUUAGCGAUCCUGAAUCGUUUCCAAGUACGGGUUCACGGCCGCUGUCGCUGAGUUCUGUGCACUCGCAUUCGUUACACGGGAGUGUUUCUGGCGGAGAGCAACAUCAAAACGUGGACCAGAUAGACAACGUUUGCCUCAGUGAUCCCGGCGCUCUUAGCGCACCGCUUCUGUCACGCAUUCUUGUUAACGACAAGAGACAGUUGUCUGACGUGACUGAAGAGAGUCUUGGUGAUUCGAAAGAAAAUGUAGGCGGUUUGACACCCCCCGGACCAAUAUCUCAACAGAACUCGACCGCGUCUGAUUGUGAGCCGGGUCCGGGGAGUGCAGAUAGCUCCUUGACUGAACAAAAAGAUGAAGAACCAGUUUGGGAAAAACAAGAUACAGGUUUAGAAUCUCGACGGCGGAAAAGGAGUCUUUUAAAUUUAGGAGAAACGGAGACAAAGUUGCCAGAUGAUGAAGAGACAUGGGACGCCAAAAAUCCCUCCGAUACAGGCCAAGAAAAAGAUCCAGAGACAUGGAAUGUUGCAGAACUGUACACAGGGACACCAGAGCGAAGAGAUUCUCCCAGCGGAGACAAGGGCACUUCACGGAAGAAUGCCCAAGGACAGUCUGACGGUGAGCCUUCUUCUCGUGCGGUUGAAGAAGGACAUUAUGAUUCGUCAGUUAGGUCUGCGCCGACGAGGAUGUCGGCAAAGAGGCGUCCUCUGGUGAAAUCGAAUCCUGUGGAGGUCUAGAACGCGUUGAAAUUCAAAACGCCAAGAAUAUAUGACCAGACUUGGGCAAUGAUCAUCCAGGGAUUUUCAUCAGCAAUUAUCCCGCUUUUAGAAACUGCGCCUUAAGGAGUAUCAACUCCAACAGUGAUUUCGCGAAGCCCAGUCGAGGACAAGAUUAGAAGAGUUUCCGAUUGUUUUGUCGUCCAAUAAGAAAUUGCAAGAGCCCUACGGGAUUUCCUUCGCCGGGAUUCCGACUGUUACAAAGGGAACUGGGCUCGACAAUUCUCGCAGAUGAUUAGUACUUCUUCCCCUGAUUGCCUGCUCCGGUCGAAAGAAAACGUGAGAGGAAUAAGGAGAAUAAUAACGCGCCAGUUUUCCUUAUCGCUCAAUAUCUACUCACUCUUUUAUGUAGAAAAAGGAACACCUCAGGUUUUAAGUAAAUUUCAAGAAAACAAAUUCCGCUAAAGAUCGAGUAUUGCCUCGACACGCAACAAGACAAAAGUUCUUCGCAAACAAAAAAUUUCUUAGCUCCAAGUAAUUUUAGCAAUGACUUAAAGCACCACAAGAAAUCUUCUUGAUGAAAGAUUUCUCUGAAGCUGGACUCUUAGGUGGUGCGAUUCUUAAUGAUUUUUUUUUUUGAAGGCACUGAUUUUUGGCGCACAAUUGCUUGUGGAUAGCAUUGCUUUUCGCGAACAAAAUAUCGCUAUGAAGGAGUUGACAUGGCCGCCGUUGCGCGCGUUUUAUAGGGCAGUAAUUUUGAACGCUGUUGCGUUAGAACGUUUGCGUUAGUUUUGUCCCUUUACGGGGAGUAUUGAUGAGAAAUUCGCAGAUCUUUUAUUUAAGUGCAAGCUGGAUUGUUUAUUUGUUUUACCAAAUGGCUUGUUUUAUCAAUAUUACUGAGAUUUUUCUCGUUAAAGGUGUAUUUUUAUAGAAACUUAUCUGUAUAAUAGUGAUGGAGAUGUACAGUUAAAUAAAGCGACUGUGAAUAGGAG